GACAGUGACAUUACAUUUGUUUGUAUCACAAUCGACGAGAGACGGCUGUGGAUUAUAAAUAAUCGAAUCAUUACAAAAUGUUGUUAUAUUUUUAUCACAUUCACUAAAUAUUCAACAACAACAACUUCCCACAUUGUGCCAGUUUCAUGUUACAUCCUAAUAAUACUAAACCAUGGCGUUGGACGUAACAAAAAUAUGUCGUAUUUGUCUCGAAUCAGAUAAAAUUAGUUUUGAUAUGUACACCAGUUUUUAUGAGAAACGGAAUAUUUUAUAUAGUGAUAUGCUAGCGAAAUGUACACAAAUAAAGCCACAUAUAGAGGAUGGUUUACCCCAAUUGAUUUGCAAUGAUUGUGGUCGGCAGCUAAAGCGUGCGUACACGUUUAAUUUACAAUGUGACGAGAGUGACAAAAGGUUGAAAUUGAUGCUAGCAAAAUCUGAAAUCAAGGGAAAUGCUCUUUCUAAUGGUUUGGUUAAAGAUGAACUGGAUUUUGGAGAUAUCAAAUGCGAUAAUGGUCUCGGGGCGAACAUGGAACUUCUUACAUUAGAUGAAACAGCUGGGGACAUUAGAAAUAUUAAAUUGGAACCAUUAUUAAAUAACGAUGACAACGACAGCACCUGGGAUGCUGAUGAUGAUAAUAUAAUGUUAGAAGAAAUCAAAAUUAAGAAAGCAGAACUUGAAAAUGUAGAAUUAAAACCUAAGAAGAAAAGGGGCAGAAAGAAAAGAGUGUACCUGGAGGGCGAAGACCGGCCUCUUCCAGAAAGCAAGCUGCCGCACCAAUGUGACGUUUGCGGCAAAGUCCUAAGCACUAAGAGUAAUCUCAAGGCCCACAAGCUGUGUCACACUGAUCUCAGACCAUUCUUGUGUAGUGAUUGUCCCGCUACAUUUAGAGGGCACAGCGCAUUAUUCCAACAUAAAAAAAUACACACGGGCGAGACUCCCUACCAUUGCGACUUUUGUCCCAAACAGUUUAGCCGACGUACUGGGCUGGUUAACCAUAUACGGAUGCAUAAAGGAGAGAAGUUGUACAGUUGUGAUAUAUGUUUCAAGACAUUCGUUCAAAGCGCCCAGCUCUCCAUACAUAUGAAGCGACACAAAGGAGACAAACCCUACUUGUGCCAAGUCUGUGGGAAAGGAUUCCCCAUCAAAGCAGAGCUGAAGGUGCAUCAAAGAAUCCACAACGGUGAGAAGCCAUACUCCUGCCACCUGUGCACCAAGACCUUCGCGACUUCAGGCAACUUGUCCAUACAUGUCAGGAUACAUAAUAAAGAAGUUAGGUACAACUGCAAAGAAUGUCAACGAGGUUUCGUCACUUGCAGCUCUUACAACGUCCAUCUAAAAAGGCAUAAAGGGCAAAGAGACUACCACUGUGAGUGCGGUAAAACCUUCUACACAUCAUCGGCUUUGAAACAGCAUAAAGUAGUUCAUACAGGCGAAAAGAAAUACCAAUGUAAAAUAUGCGACAGGAAAUUCACCCAAUCUAGUCAUUUGAGUCGCCAUUUUAGGCGAGAUCACGUGAAACCGAACGCUCCCAUGCCUUCGUCGGACCAUUUCAAGUUAAUUGUGCAGGAAAAUAAAGAAGUUCUCAAUAUAUUAGAUACUGCUAUUCAGAAAAUUGAUCAAACUAUGAACGGGGCUGUGAAAUGUGAGGGGACGUAGCGUUUAGUGUUACUGGCUGUAACUACCUCAAUCUUAUAGUGUGUGGGUGGUUGGGAUUACAAAGUAAAGGCAUUUAUUUCAAUUAAAUAAUUUUCGUAGAUUACUAUGGAGAAGAACGAGGCUUAAACUCAUUUAUUAUUAUAAAUGAUUCCAUCGAGAGUCAGAUACAUUAUUCAGAAAUAUGUUCAUUUCAGUUAUGCUGUAUAGAUGACCAUUACCUUUAAUUCUAGAUGAGCGCCCUCUAUAAUCAUAUCAACCCAAUCACCUAUAAUCUUUUACAAGAGUUUUUAAUAAAUACGACUGUUGUUUUAUUCAUACAUACAUACAUACCUCAUGCCUGUCUCCCAUUGGGAUAGGCAGAGAUAAUGAAACGCCAAUUGCUACGAUUCUUACAUACUCUUUUGCUUCAUCAACAGUCAUCAUUGUUUGAAAAAUGCAAUAAUUAUGUUAUUUUAUUACAGUACAGGGUGUUAAAUGGUUGUUGGCUACUAAAUCAACCCUAGUUUGUCCUAGUGUAUUGUCUCUUGACCCUAUGGUUGCCCUGUCAAUUCAUCAAUCAAUCAUUGACUGUAAUGUUUCAAUGAUUUUAUUUACUUUUUUUUUUUGUAAGUUCUUCAAGAAUUGUCUCAAUAUCAACAUCUAUUAUCAUUUAUUUAAUGAAGUGCAUGUAUGACUAAAACAACAGCCUAUAUCUCGGAAUGUUCAGUUGUGUCAAUGAAAAUAGAACUUAAUUAGUGUUGUAUAAGAUUUAAAGUUGUUUGUACGUAGGUCUAAUGAAAGAAAUCUCAUAAAUUAUUUUUAUUAAUGACGCUAGAUAUGAUAUUAUUAUUAAUAAUACUUAAAUAUAAACGUUGUGUUCUGUAACUUCUGUAUUAAGUGAAAAGGAGUGUUUAAAAGCUAUGCCGUUUUGUCUGACUAACACCUUAAAACGUGAAAUAAAAAUAAAUUCGAAUACCUUUUAAAUGUCUUGAUAUCAAAAUAGUUUAUUUACAAUCACACUUGAUGAAAAAUAUUUAUUAAAGUUCAAACUGUAAAUAAUAUUUCUAUGCGACUCCUGUGACUCCUCUAGUGUUGCAGGUGUCCAUGGGCGGCGCUGAUCGCUUACCAUCAGGUGACCCGUCUACUCUUUUGCCCCCUAUAUCAUAAAAAACAUACAUAACAUACCACAUCAAAAGUAAACAUUAUAAAGAAAUUAAAGUGCAGUACUAAGGCAGAUACAGUCAAGUUCUUUACAGUUUAUCUACGACCAACUCGACUAGUUUCAAGUCACACCAGGUACUCAUAUUCAUGAGCAGCAUUCCGCGACACACGAAGCGGCGACUAUCGCGUUGCUACUAGCAGUUACUUUAGUAUGUCACCCGAAAGUACAGUAUAAUACAAAUAUACCCAAUAUCUUUUUAUAAUAACUAUCGUGAGACAUACUAAAUGAACUAAAAAUCAGUGUUUACAAAAAUCAUAAUGAAAAGUCCCUCUGUGACUCGAAAUUAGUAGAGCUUUUCUCCAUGUAAUGUACGUGAGUAAACCAUGAUUUUUAGUUAAUACACAAUAAGUAUUGCACUUUAUGGCUUUGUGAAAUAUUGUCUUUAUUUAUAACUUAUUUUGUGUAUAAAUAUUGUGCUUAUAAUUUAUUAAACUUUUAUGUUAUUGAUUGAUGCACAGCAAUGACUUGAAUAGGUCAAGAAAAAAGAAGUCAAAAGUGGCAGCUUAUGAGUAGUGGCGCCCAAAGAGACACAUAUAUUCGCAAUCUGCGGUGCAUCAAUCAAACUAAGUUAUAUUCCAUUGAAAUGUUACAUGAGCUUUACAUUUUCUAAGUGUGGGAGAGCCAUGCUUCGGCACGAAUAAGCCGGUUCGACCGGAGUGAUCCACGAGUGACCACGGCCUCACAAAAAAUCGUCGUGAAACAACGAUUGCGUUGUGUGAGUGAGGUGGCUCGUGUUCCCUGGCCGCAUUUGGUGACCAGCUUACCAUUUUCUGGUGUGGGGACACAUAUCGAUGCCUUCCGGCCAAAGCAUCGAGGGCAAGCGACAUUUUUUUGCAAUUUUUAGUUAUAUACAUAUUCAGAAUCAGCUAAUUUUUCUCCAUCGAAUGAUGUGUAAGUAUAACUCAAUAUCACAAAAAAAUUCGCUUAACCCUCUUUUGGCGGGAAGGCAUCGAUGUAUACGGUUCUUAAAUUUUAGCAUCUUUAAUGGAAUAUUAUACAUAGUACAUAUUUAAGUUACCAAUAUAAUGAAUUGUGUAGUAUUGUAUAAUUGGAAUUGGAAACAAAUAACUUGAAACAUUUUUACUUUGUGAUAAAGAAGUGUGUACAAAAUAUAAAUAUAUUUAAAAAUAAAAACUAAAAA